GUUACCUCAUGCCGUGGAGAACCGAAAGUAAUAUAUUUUUACUUAACCUUGGACCGGUUAUAAAAGCAUAGAGAAACAAUGAGUAAAUGUGUACCAUAAAACCUUUAUACCAGAUAUUACCAUUUGAAGAUGAACUUUGGUUCAGUAAGAGUUGCAUUUCAUCCUAUUGUAAAAACCUGGGCAGCAAGGGGAAGAAUAUUGUUCUCAAGGAAGUAUUUAUUAUAUACCAAUGUAUGUAUAGGAGUAACUUUAUCUACAACGGGAGAUUUUCUCAAUCAGAGAUUCCAAAUCAAACAAAAGGAAAUAGAUAGUCUUGAUAUAAAACGUUCACGUGAUGUUGCUAUUACGGGUCUUUUUAUUGGACCAUUCUGUCACUAUUGGUAUCUGUUUCUUGAUUGGUGGAUACCAGGUAGAUGCUAUAAGUUACUGGCUAAAAAGUUAAUUGUUGAUCAGCUGGUGUGUUCACCUGUUGUGAUUGUACUGUUUUUAGGAAUAACAACUUUCUUAGAAAAGAAAUCAUUGACUGCUGUUAAAGAAGAAUGUUCUGAGAAAGGCGGGAAACUGUUUGUUGCAGAGUUAGCUGUAUGGCCACCAGCACAGCUUUUCAACUUUUAUUUCUUACCUACUCAUUAUAGAGUACUCUUUGACAAUGCUGUCUCAUUUUUAUUUGACAUUUAUUUUUCUAGGGUGAAAUACGGUAAAAACGGGCGAGUGGAAAGUUGAUAUUGGUGAAUAUAGUAUACUAUGCAAAAAUUUGAAUUAAUUAAUUAUUUAUAAAUUUUAAUGAAGAUAAAUUAUGACAGUGGCAUUUUUUAUUGUACAUUUAUCUUAUAUGUUAUGAUUAAUGUAAACCAAGCACAAGUCCAACAAAGUUGAUUUUCUUAUUACAAACCUGAAAAGGUGUCAUUCUACAUGUUCUAUCUGAUUCUUAAAAUAUUGGAAUAAAACUUUUAUAUCUGUAUUGAUCAUGAUGUAAUAUAUUUGCAUCAAACAAGAAAUAUUUAACUAAAAUCUGAAGAAAUAGUUUGAUAUGAAAAAAAAGAGAAGAUGUGGUAUGAUUUCAAAUGAGACAACACUCUGCCAGAGUUCAAAUGACGUGGAUAUAAGCAACAAAAGAUCACUGUACAGCCAUCAACAAUGAGCAAAUCCCAUACAUCUAUAAAACAUGUAAAAGGCAGAGACAUGACAAAAUGCGAACAAGAAAACCAAAGGCCUGAUUUAUGACAAAACAAUAAAAAAAAAAGCAAGUAUAAAGUCAUCCAUAAUCUGACCAACGAAAUGAUGAUUUAAUUCUCCAAAAUUUUUUAAUAAUAUUUCUUAAACUCACAGGUUGACUGACUUCAUAGUGAAGUCAAGUUGCACAGGUAAAAAAAAAUUCCAACUGACAAAAAAAUCUUUUUGACUGUAUUUCCUAUGUCUAGGUUUAUGUUGCUAACCUAUGAGGCUUAAGGGGCCAGUGUGAGCUGUUGUUCCUUGAUGUAUUUCAGUCUAUGUCCAUAGCAUUGUCACUGUUGGUCUGUAGACAUUUUUAUAACUCUUUCUGAAACCACUGAGUCCAAUGAAUCCAAACUUGAUCACAAUCCGCUAAGGGUUUCUGUUUUCAAUAUGUUCCAAAAUGGCAAAUGUUCCUUAAAAUCAACCAACAUUGUAAUAUUAGCCACUGUUACUAAAAAUGAUUAGUUUCAGAUCACAUAUGAGUUAAGUUUUUGUUAACCAUCUUUUCAAAUUUGACUUAAAUAUGGUCCUUCAACUAAAUUUCCUUUAUACUGGCAAACAUUAGAAAACAGAUUUAUUGAGUUGUGAACAAGGGGACUGCUGGAACAAUGCAAAUAGAAUUUUAAUAAUUAUAAACAAAGAGACAGAUCAUGGCCAAUAAUAUUUAAGGAAUUGUAAUUAAAGGGACUAGCACACCAUAGAGAGGUUUGAUAAAAUUACAAUUUUAUAUAUAUAUCCUAAUGUUUAUAGGAAAAAAUAACUUUAUGGCAUGACUGCAGGCCAAUGUACAGCUAGUGUGAGAUUGCUCUGAGGUAGGUUGGCUAUUUUAUGACUUGCACUGCCCCAGCAAAUCUUACAAAAAAGUUGUCAUACGUCAAAGACGGGCCUCAGUGAUGGAGUGGUCUAAGUGGUUCAUCUACAGUUUCACUAGCCUGUCAUAGGUCAAUUGUUCUCUCCAGGCACUCUGGCUUCCUCCACCAAUAUUAACUUACCACCACAAUAUAGCCAACAGUGCUGAAAAGUGCUGAUUAAUGUUUAAAUUGUAAUAUCAUGAAUAUGGUGCUAUGUGUAAGUCUGAAUUUUUAUUUAAAUAUAUUAUUUUAAAUGAAGUAUUUAAUUUGUUAUAUGAAUAUUCUAUAAACAGAGAAUUUAUUACAUUUGUUAUAUAAUUAUUUGAAAUAAAAUAUUUUUAUGAAAUUUUA